AAUUCGUAUGUUUUAAUAUUGUUCCCAGGUAUUAGCCGUGAUAGUGCACACAAGCGCCGCUCUACUGGUGGCAAGCGCAAGUCGCUUCGCAAGAAGCGCAAGUUCGAGUUGGGUCGCCCCGCCGCCAACACCAAGCUCGGCUCCAGCCGCGUGCACUCUGUGCGCACUCGUGGAGGCAACAGCAAACUGCGUGCCCUGCGCCUGGAGAACGGCAACUUUGCCUGGGCCUCUGAGGGUGUUGCCCGCAAGACUCGUAUCGCUGAUGUCGUCUACAAUGCGUCCAACAACGAGCUGGUGCGCACCAAGACACUGGUGAAGAACAGCAUUGUGGUCAUCGACGCGACGCCAUUCCGCCAAUGGUACGAGUCCCACUACGUGCUGCCCUUGGGACGCAAGCGCAACCCCAAGCACGCACAGAAGGAGGAUGAGAACGAUGUGCUGACCAAGAAGCGCAGUGAAAAGGUCAUGAAGAAGUACCUGGAGCGUCAAAAGUUUGGCAAAGUUGAGCAGGCGUUGGAGGACCAGUUCACUUCUGGCCGCAUCUUGGCCUGCAUUUCUUCCCGCCCCGGUCAGUGCGGUCGCUCCGACGGCUACAUUCUGGAAGGCAAGGAAUUGGAGUUCUACCUUAAGAAGAUCAAGUCUAAGAAGUAAAGGCACUCUAGAUAAGCUUGCAAGCGCAGCGCUCAGAUGAUCAAUGGACUUGCAAAGAAAACAAAAUAAAAACCGAUUCUUUUGAUAGAAGAA